GCGACCCAAACCGGUUUCAACCGCCACCACGUGGUCCUCCUCAAGGGCAUCUUCCACCUCACUUCACCCUCGCCCCGUCAUCUCUCCUUCCGCACUCCCACCGCUGCCGUUGACCUUACUGGCAUCUCUGUCAGCAGCCAACGACCUCUGGAAGAAAGGGACUUAUAGAUACGGGAGCAACAUCCGGCCAACGGGCCACGCCACACAGAGGGGUCACAACAAUCUGUUUCCUGUAUCCAAGACCAGACGGGGCAAGUGGUAGAGAAUGGACAGACUUAGAGCGGCAACAUGGAAUGUGCGGGGCCUCGGUGACAGCAACGGGAGACAGAAACGGAGAAGGCUCAAGACAUGGCUGCAUGAAUGGAAAGUGAAUUGCGUGUUGCUGCAGGAAACUAAGCUAAAUGAAGACAAAUUGAAGGAAUUUGAGACGUGGUGGGACGGCCCACAGGUGUGGGCUCCAGCUCAGGGGACUCAGGGAGAAGUGGGUAUCCUAUUGCACAGGGAUCUGCAAGCACAGAUUAUUGACGCAGAAGCGGACCUGUGGGGGAGAUGGGCGUGGUUGAAAGUGGGGAUGGCAGGGGAAGACUGGGUAAUCAUGACAGUGUACGCCUUGACGGCAGUAAGCGAGAGGGCUAGGUUCUUUGAGAGGCUAAUGUCCCAUGUACCGGUAACCGACAAUCUGUUGUUAGCCGGCGACUGGAACAUUUCGCUGGAUGAGGCACUGCGUCCGAAUUCACCCUCAGCAGAUCGUAGAGAUGUACGGGCGCUGUUGGGGUUCUGUGGGGAAUUGUCACUAUCCGAUCCGUUCCCAAUGCUCAAUCCGAAUGAUCCAGGGUACUCCUGGUUUUCGAACCUCCACAAAGAAAGACAGGUCAGUACAAGGAGGCACCUGGACCACUAUCUGCUCAGCGCACCGGUGGUGGAGAGAGUGGUCAUGGUCAAGCAAAUUUGCCACCCGCUGUCGGACCACAAACCUGUGGUGGCAGACAUGCGCCUGAGGCUCAGAAUUGAACGGGGAAAAGGUUUCUUCCGUCUGAACAGUCAAGUGCUCGCGGAGCCAGGCAUAAAGGACUGGGUGAAAAGGCACAUGGAGAGCUGGAAGGACGUAAGACAGUAUUUCGAAUCGAUCGCCCUUUGGAUGGAUGGGGGGUUGGCAAUCAUCUCUGGGGUCCUAGAUGCCUGCUCACGGAUUUUAGCAAGGGCAAGGAACAAGGAGGCAGCGGAGUGCCUUUGGGGGAUCGAGGAGGCAGAGAAAAAAAUGGAGAGGCAUCCUAUCUCAGAGAUGGUGUGGGCAACUGAGCGAAAAAGGAAGUUGGCUGAAUGGGAUAAUCUGCAGGAGGAGAAGCAGCGAAGGUGGGUGAAGAUUAUGAAGGAGAAAGGCGUAGGAACGAAUGACAAAAUGAGUAAGACGACUUUUCAGAAACUGCAACCAAGACGAGCGCAACAGCAAAUGAUUGAACUGCGGCGUCCGUUCGACGAAUCAGCCCCCACAGCCUGUUCAGCUGCCGGCAUGCUAAAGUACGCCAGUCUUUACUACGCUGACGUACUCACGACCAGGCGACAGAACGAGGAUGUGAACACAGACCUGUCCCUGCAGUCAGACAUGUGGACAGACACCACAGUGCAACUGUGCACAGCCACACAGCUGGACCUAGAUAGACCGAUUACCCUAGGAGAACUUUCUCAAACAGUGAAAGUGAUGGCAAGAGGAAAAUCGCCUGGGGUGGACGAUUUAACAGUAGAAUUUUAUUCGGCAAACUGGAAGGUUUUAGGUCCCUUGUUGGUGGAGUUGUACAAUGAGGUGUUAGUUGGAGGCAAGCUGGGGAAAAGGAUGACGCACGGGGUGAUCACGGUCCUUUUCAAGAAGGGAAACAAAUCGGACGUCAGUUUCUGGCGUCCGAUCUCCCUCCUGAACGUAGCAUACAAGAUCCUCGUGAAGUCCCUAGCACGCAGACUAUCCAGACACCUCCCGGGGUUGGUGGAGCAGGACCAAGGGGCAUUUGUACAGAGGAGAUCCAUUUUCAACAAUAUUGUGACCACCAUCGAAACGCUUGAGAUUGUUCAGACAGAAGAGCUCGAUAUGGCUGUCCUUUCGUUGGACCUGGAUAAAGCUUACGAUAAGGUUGGUUGGACAUUUGUCCUUACCACCCUCAAGCCGAUGGGCUUCGGUCCAGGCUUCUCCUCAUGGAUCAAGGCUAUGUAUCGGCUUCAGUCCAGGCUUCUGCUCACGGAUCAAGGCUAUGUAUACUUUCUCUGAGUCUUCCUCUGCAGUCAUGAGUCUUCCUCUGCAGUCAUGAUCAACGGGCACCUCUCAACCCCAUUUCAGAUC